AUGGCAUCUUCAGCGCGCCUAGUCUCGUCCUUGCGGCGAACUGCCUUCUCUUCUCGCGUUGCAUCGCGCUAUCAAUAUUUGCGACCGACAAGUCAAGUCCGAUGGACGGGUAGUACAUCAGCGAGUUCGGAGCCUCAUCAGCCAGACGAGCAUGGCGGAGUCAAGGGCCCAACCGCGUCGGCACAAUCCAUCAAAUUCACUUCAGAGUCAUACCCGCAUCUCCAAAGAGACUCCAAAUUUGCCAAGGUCAGCGAGGAGCAUGUAAAAUAUUUCCAGCAUCUCUUAGGUUCCGACUCGGCAGUCAUAGAUGGUGUGACGAAAGAUGCAUCGGAAGAUAUUGAGGCGUUCAACAGUGACUGGAUGCGCAAGUUCCGCGGCCAUACCAAAGUAGUCUUGAAGCCUAAAUCUACCGAGGAAGUCAGCAAGAUCCUCAAAUACUGCAAUGACAAUAUGCUCGCUGUAGUACCUCAGGGUGGUAACACCGGACUUGUCGGUGGCUCUGUGCCCGUAUUCGACGAGAUUGUGAUCAACAUGCAGAGGAUGAACGAAAUCAGGUCUUUCGACGAAGUAUCUGGUAUCCUAGUCGCUGAUGCCGGUGUGAUCCUAGAGAAUGCCGACAACUUUCUCGCCGAGAAGAACCACAUCUUCCCAUUGGAUCUUGGGGCUAAGGGCUCUUGCUACAUUGGUGGCAAUGUCGCGACAAACGCUGGUGGACUCCGUCUCCUGCGAUAUGGUAGCUUCCACGGAAAUGUCCUAGGAAUCGAGGCGGUCCUGCCAGACGGUACCGUUGUAGAUGAUCUCUCCACACUCCGGAAGAACAACACUGGCUACGAUCUGAAGCAGCUGUUCAUCGGUGGAGAAGGCACCAUUGGUAUCAUCACCAAGGUUUCCAUCAUCUGCCCAAGAAGAUCGCCUGCUGUCAAUGUUGCAUACUUUGGUCUAGAAAGCUACGAGAAGGUCCAGAAAGCCUACAUCGAGGCCAAGGGACAUUUGUCUGAGAUUCUGUCAGCCUUCGAAUUGAUGGAUGGUCGCACACAAAAGCUGGUCAACAGGGUAAAGGGCAAGAAGAUGCCGCUGGAAGGCGAGUAUCCCUUUUACUGCCUGAUCGAAACCAGCGGCUCUAACGCAGACCACGAUAACGAGAAAUUGCAAGCUUUCCUUGAACACGUUAUGGAAACUGAGGUUGUAUCAGAUGGUGUUCUUGCCCAAGACCAAACUCAAAUUCAAGAGCUCUGGUCAUGGCGUGAAGGCAUUACCGAGUGUCUCGGUCACGAUGGAGGUGUCUACAAGUAUGACUUGUCGAUACCCAUCGCUGAGCUCUACGAUCUUGUCAACGAGACACGCGACCGCUUGACAGAGGCUGGCCUGCUUGGAAAUGACGCCUCACACCCUGUAGUUGAUGUUGUUGGCUACGGUCACAUGGGUGACGCGAACCUGCACCUCAACAUUCCAGUCAGGAAGUUCGAUAAAUCUGUAGAGAAGCAGCUUGAACCCUUCGUAUACGAGUGGGUACAAAAGCGAAACGGCAGCAUCAGUGCCGAGCACGGCUUGGGAGUAACGAAGAAGCCAUACAUUGGAUACAGUAAGAGUGAAACCAUGAUCAAGCUGAUGAAGCAGAUCAAGGAUCUUUAUGAUCCCAACGGUAUCAUGAACCCCUACAAGUACAUAUAG